AUGGCAGCGACGGAAUACAAACCUUUGCUCCCUGUGAAGCAGCCUGUGCCAUCGGACAUUGAGAUCGCGCAGUCGGUGGAGCCGGUGCACAUCGCUAAAAUCGCGGAGGCUGUCGGCUUGCUUCCCGAUGAAUAUGAUCUUUAUGGAACCCACAAAGCCAAGGUGAAGCUCAGCGUCCGCGAUCGCUUGGCGGGAGCUCCAGAUGGAAAAUAUGUGGUGGUGGCGGGCAUCACCCCCACCCCCCUCGGCGAGGGCAAGAGCACCACCACCAUUGGGCUGUGCCAGGCGCUCGGAGCGUACCUUAAGAAGAAGGUGCUGACGUGUGUACGGCAGCCCAGCCAGGGCCCUACCUUCGGCAUCAAGGGCGGUGCGGCGGGUGGCGGCUACAGCCAGGUUAUCCCCAUGGAGGAGAUGAACCUGCACCUCACAGGCGACAUCCACGCCAUCACCGCCGCCAACAACCUGCUGGCCGCCGCAAUCGAUGUGCGCAUGUUCCACGAAGCCAGCCAGAGCGACGAGGCGUUGUUCAACAGACUGUGCCCGGCGGACAAGCAGGGUAAGCGCAAGUUCGCUACUGUGAUGUUGCGCCGACUUGCCAAAUUAGGCAUCAACAAAACCGACCCGGACGAGCUGACACCCGAGGAACGUCGCGAGUUUGCUCGUCUGGACAUCGACCCCGCUUCCAUCACUUGGCGCCGGGUUAUUGACACCAAUGACAGGUUCCUCCGCAGCAUCACGGUGGGUCAGGGCACCGAGGAGAAGGGCGCCACGCGCUCCACGGGUUUCGACAUCACCGUCAGCUCCGAAAUCAUGGCGGUACUGGCGCUCGCCACAGACCUGGCGGACAUGCGGGAGCGGCUGGGCAGGAUGGUGGUGGGCAAUGAUAGGAAGGGCCGGCCUGUCACCGCUGACGACCUUGGUGUCGGGGGAGCUCUCACAGUGCUGAUGAAGGACGCCAUCAUGCCCACACUCAUGCAGACCCUGGAGCAAACCCCCGUGUUGGUGCACGCGGGCCCCUUCGCCAACAUCGCCCACGGCAACAGCAGUGUGGUGGCGGACCAGAUCGGUCUGAAGCUCGUGGGGCCGGAGGGAUACGUCGUCACGGAGGUGGGUGGAUCACACGCACAAACACACGCAAACCCCUCCCCCCCCGGCCCCUCAGGUCUCACCCCCGACUGCGUGGUGUUGGUGGCCACUGUGAGAGCGCUCAAGAUGCACGGAGGGGGCCCGCCGGUGGUGGCGGGCACCCCCCUGCAUCACGACUACACCACCGAGAACGUGGACCUGGUCAGCAAGGGGUGCUGCAACUUGGCAAGGCACAUCGAAAACGCUCGCAAGUACGGCGUUCCGGUGGUGGUUGCGAUCAACCGCUUCGCAUCGGACACAGAUGCCGAGCUGCAGGCGGUCAAGGAGGCGGCGCUGGCGGCGGGUGCCAGCGACGCCGUCAUCUGCGCGCACCAUGGUUUUGGGGGUGCGGGUGCCGUACAGCUAGGCGAGGCGGUGGUGGAGGCCUGCUCGGGAACUAAGCCCGAGUUCAAGUUUCUGUACGACGUGGAUCUGCCCAUCAAGGAGAAGAUUGAGAUUAUCGCUCGGGAGAUGUACCACGCAGCUGGCGUGGAGUACAAGCCUGAGGCGGAGGCCCAGAUUGAGAAGUACACGCGGAUGGGGUUCGACAAGCUGCCCAUCUGCAUGGCCAAGACGCAGUAUAGCUUCUCUCAUGAUGCAGCUCUGAAGGGCGCCCCCUCGGGCUUCAUUCUUCCCAUCCGGGACGUGCGCGCGUCCGUGGGUGCUGGCUUCCUGUAUCCCUUGGUGGGCAACAUGAUGACUAUGCCCGGACUGCCGACCCGGCCCUGCUUCUACGAUAUCGACCUCGACCCUGUGAGCGGCAAGGUCCUGGGCCUGUCGUAAACUGAUGUACACUCGUACGGACAAAAAAAUGAUGUAUGGACCCGGACGAGAAGACGAGGGAAUGAACACGCGAUUCAAAGAAACAGUUUUGUUAUUUGGUGCGUGUUCGUCAAAACUUUGUUGGUAUCUUUCUGAGCGAUAGUUUAGGUGGAAAUGAAAUAAUUAAAAAGGAUUUUGCUUGGAUUAGGUGUAAUGGAACUGCUCGCCGUGCCGCUCGUGUUGAGGUCGGCGGCCGAGCUUGUGGUCGAGUAGGGGGGAUUUGCGGCUUUUAUGUGCACGGAGAGGGGAGAGGAAGGUGUGGAAGUCGGAUUUAAGGGGGGUGUCCUUUGGCACCGCGCGUUUUUUGUGAUGUUGGUAAAUGGUGGUAUUGGGAAGAUCGGGUUCAUGCACAGAUAUUAAACUGAGUUCUUCGGCGGCCUCCACCUUGCUGGGUACCCGUUUGACCUUGCUAUUGGCAACAUGAUACCUCACCAUCUAUCGCAACCCCCUGAUCCAGCCUCCAAGCUCGUCUGCGCCUUAAGACCCCGCCUGUAAGAUUUCAU